AUGGCGAUUAUGAUUAUGAUGCUGCGUAGUGUUUCGUUAGGGGAGACGAUGAAUUCUCGGCCUCUUGCGCCUGCAUUAUAUGUUUUCGGAGAUUCGUUAUUCGACAGCGGUAAUAAUAAUCUCUUGCCGACUCUUGCUAAGGCAGAUUUCUUACCUUACGGCAUGAAUUUCGAUCGAGGACCGACCGGAAGAUUCACUAAUGGCAAAACCGUCGUCGAUUUCAUAGAUUUUUUGGUAGCUGAGUUUCUUGGAUUUCCAUAUUCUCCACCAUACUUGAGUUUAAAUCAAAUACUACUUCAUCCAGAGCAGCUCACAGGCCUCAAUUUUGCAUCAGGCGCGUGUGGUAUUCUUCCUGACACUGGAAAUGAUUUGGGGAGAUGUCUGAAUUUUCCGGAGCAAAUCGACUUUUUCGAGACAGCAAUCGAAGAGGAAUUACCGAGGCACUAUUUAAACUCCGAUGAUCUAUCGAAUCAUUUAGCCAAAUCAGUAUACGUAAUUUCAGUAGGCAGCAAUGACUACAUAAACAACUAUCUCGACAAAAAGCACUACGACACCAGCAAACGUUUUUCCCCUCAAUCUUUCGCCAAACUCCUCAUCGAUAACCUCUCCCAACAACUCCGGAGGAUGUACUAUUUGGGAGCGAGAAAAGUGAUCAUGUUCGAGAUUGGGCCUAUCGGUUGUAUUCCGUCGAGCACUGGGCAAUUCAAACACAACGGUCGUUGCGUCGAGGAGUUUAACGAGUUUGCGGUGAUGUUCAAUGACCAUCUUGCCCCCAUGCUUGUUAAUUUGACUUCUAAUCUUCAAGGAUCGUCUUUCGUUCUCGGUCACGCUCAUUGGCUUGGAUACGAUGCCGUCACCCAUCCAUCUAAAUACGGUAACUACUAUUCCAAAUAG